GGAUGGACACAAAUAUGUAGUGAAAGCCAAGAAAGAAGUGAUUAUAUCUGCCGGUGCUGUCAACUCUCCACAACUACUUAUGCUUUCGGGAAUCGGACCCAAAAAGCAUUUGCAAGACUUGAAUAUUGAAAUGAUAGCCGAUCUACCGGUGGGAGACAACCUCCACGACCACCCCCGUGUAUAUGGGGUCCACUUCUUAACUAAUGCAACCUUUGAUAAGAAAAAUCCAGACUUGGAAUCGCUUUCAGAGUAUUUUGUGAAGGGAACGGGACCUCUGACUCGGUCCGAGUACUCGACCACACUUUUCCAGAGCUCUUUUGUCAACCAAACUGAUUGGCCGGACAUUCAGAUGGGUUUUAUGCAGUCGAGUCCGGCGGCCAACAGAGGCAGUGGUAAAGCGACCGGAAUUAGAGACGAUAUUUGGGAUCAGUUUUAUAAGCCGUACACAAAUCGUUCGCAAUUCAGUGUUUCUGUCAUAUUAUUAAGACCUAAGAGUAGGGGAACCCUAAGACUA